AUGGCGAGUGGCCAAGUCACGACGCGAGAAUCUUUCAUAUUGGACGUCGCAGCGGGCUUGCAGCGUGCUCCUAUGGCCACCCGUCUGACGCCGCACAUCUUGGCUCUCGUUGGUUGGGACAACCCAUACUCGGACCCCAUCCGCCGACAGUUCAUUCCUCUUGCCUCGGAAUCACAGCCAGAUCAUCCCCAACUUCAGCUUGAUUCGCUAUCUGAGAGUAGAGACUCCCCAGUGAAGGGGCUGGUUCACCGUUAUCCCGACAAGGUGCUAUUUCUAGCAAGCUCAGUGUGUCCCGUCUAUUGUCGUUUCUGCACGCGGUCGUAUUCCGUCGGCGCAAAGACGAAGACUGUGUCCAAGAAACGGUUCCUCCCGCUACUCAAGUACUGGGAGCCGAUGUUUGACUACAUUUCACAGACAACGGCAGUGACUGAUGUUGUGGUUUCCGGUGGGGAUUCAUUCUUCUUGGAGCCCGCGCAGCUACGUGAGAUAGGGCACAAGCUUUUAGAAAUCGAGCAUGUGCGUCGUAUCCGGUUCGCCAGUAAAGGGCUGGCGGUGUGUCCCUCGCGGAUAUUACAUCCCAAUGAUAAAUGGACUGAAGCACUGAUUGAAACCAGUGAGCUUGGGAGGAAAUUAGGAAAGAGUGUAGCGCUCCACACACAUUUCAACCAUCCACAAGAAAUCUCGUGGAUCACGGAACGAGCAGCACAACGGUUGUUUGAGAAUGCGAUUACUGUGAGAAAUCAGACAGUCUUGCUCCACGGAGUGAACAAUGAUGUUGACACUAUGAAAUUGCUGAUUCGCCGAUUGGCCGACAAUAAUAUUCAACCGGUAUGGUUAUGCUCUCUCUUGUUGACCUUGUGCUAA